CCUUACGUGGGUCUUAGGAAGAGGGCCAAGAAGCUGGUGUUGGUGAUGCUUUUCUUAUCCUGGAACAACUUCCUUUCUGGGAAACUGGGUGUCUCCUUCUGGGCAAAGACAAUAAAAUUCAUCCAAGGGGCCAAAAGAGCAGGGCUUCUUCUGUCGCCAAACGGAUGGGCAUCACGUGGCUCCAGGGUUAGCGGUCCUGGAAAAUCCCAGCCCUUGCCACUCUGCCUCCCACACCCAUCUACUCACUCACCCUCACACACUCAGCCUCCCCAACCCACCUUGAACAUUCACCAUCGCACAUUGUUCACCCUCAGCUUCUGCCGCCACUACCUGGGCAAUAUUACCAGCCUUUCCCUAAUCCCAGAGCUGCAGUCUUGCUUUGUCACCCGUCCCAGACCCACCAUGUCCCUGAGGCCACCGAAAUUCCAGGCAGUGGGUGAAGAAAACGAGGAGGAAGAGAGCCUGGAUUCUGUGAAGGCUCUGACGGCGAAGCUGCAGCUGCAAACACGGCGGCCCUCGUAUCUGGAGUGGACCGCCCAGGUCCAGAGCCAGACCUGGCGCCAGGCCCGAGCUGGGCCUGGGCCGGGGGAACCUGGGGCCAUCUGCGGCUUUGACUCCAUGGAAUCUGCCCUUGAGUGGCUGCGCCGGGAGCUGCGGGAGAUGCAGGCUCAGGACCGGCAGCUGGCGGGGCAGCUCUGA